UAAGAGAGGAAGUGAGAGAAAAGAGGGUCCAAAAGGGAGGAGAGAGAAAAGAAACCAGGCGGAGACAUGGGUAAGGUAUCAACCACAGAAGUGAAGACGAAGACGAAGACGAAGAAGAAGAAAGGACGCCCAUCUCUCUUAGAUCUCCAAAAACGCGCUCUUCAACAAGACAAUUUACAUCGCCAAACCCUAAUUUCUUCUAAACCUAAUUUCAACACACCCACCCAUCGAUCCGCUACCCGGAACCCCAAUUCCGAUGAAAUUGACGCUGGUAGAACCGGAGGAGAUGAUGAUGAUGAUGAUGAUGAUGACGACGAGCGGAAGGAGAAGAAGGUCAAGCUCGUUGGUCGUUUCCUCCCUUCUUCUAAUCAUCAACAUUGCAUCAAUUCUCUUUCCCACAAUUCGGCCUCAGUUGGCCAUGAAUCGAGCGCUGAUGAAGACAAUCAUGAAAUGUCUAUUAAGAAACAGAAGAUCAAUGCCGGGGGAGGCAGAUCUAGAACCCUUCACGCGUCUGCUCAGGAUAAAAAGUUCCAGAAAGCGACUGUUGCUGUACAUGGGAAUUCGUUGAAUCCAGGCCCCACAACACCUUUACCAGACAAAAAGUUGUUGAUUUUCAUUAUUGACAGACUUCGAAAGAAGGACACAUAUGGGGUCUUCUCUGAGCCUGUUGAUCCAAAUGAGCUGCCCGACUACCAUGAGAUCAUAGAAAACCCCAUGGAUUUUGGGACUCUGAGAAAUAAACUUGAGGAUGGGAUCUAUACCAAGUUUGAAGAAUUUGAGGCCGAUGUUUUCCUGAUAUGUGCAAAUGCAAUGCAAUAUAAUGCUUCCGACACUGUCUAUUUUCGGCAGGCAAAGACCAUACAAGAGCUGGCAAAACGUGAUUUUGAUAAUUUGAAAGAAGUUAAUGAAGAAGGCGAACCACAGCCAAAAGUUGUUAGAAGAGGCAGGCCUCCCACCAAGAAUUUGAAGAAGGAAUUUUCCAGUCCUCCAUCACUUGCACGUUGUGGUCCUGAAUCUUCAUCCGAUGCCACUCCUAAUACAGGAGGUGAGAAUCAGAAUGCCUCGGGCUCAAACAACUACAAUCUAAGAAAAGGGCCGAUGUCAUACAAAUUCCGCCCUAAUGAUGUAUAUGUGGGACCUUCUCAUCUAUCUGGAGGCAAUGAGGUCUAUCAUGAUUGGGCUUCAGAUUGGAAUACCGAAUUUCCAGCUUCUGUUUUGAAGGCUGAGGCAAAACAUGUAAAGAAAACGUUUAUGCUAGAUGAGAACAAGCGUUCCACAUAUAAGCUCUCUCAAGCAUCAACUCUAGGCGAUGAUCCAUAUAUGUUGACUUCCCUCAAUGGGCAAACCAAUCGUUUAAUGGGGGUAGGUGUACAUGUGGAGCAUGGAUAUUCAAGAAGUCUUGCUCGUUUCGCAGCAAACCUUGGGCCGUUGGCUUGGAAAAUAGCUUCUAAGAAAAUCGAGAGUGUUUUACCUUCCGGCGUGAAGUUUGGACCUGGAUGGGUAGGUGAAAAAGAGGAAUCUUCACAACAGACACCACCUAUCUUAUCGGAGCAGCAAAAAUCUCCAAUCAAUUCACUUUUCGACGCCCAACCGCAUUUAGCCAUACCCAAUUCAGGCCUGAAUACCAAUGAAUUAAGUUACGGAGGAGAAUUCAUCCAUCAGCAAGAGAAACCUUCCGACUGUAAUGGUCAUAAUCCAUCUUCUUUUCAGAAGUAUCAGCAGAAUUCUAUUGAGCGACAAUAUUCACUUCCAGUUGCUGCUCCAGAUCUAAAUACCGGAUCUUCUUCUUCUUCUAAGCAGCAACCAGAUCUAGCAUUGCAACUGUGAGUUCUUGAUCUCUAAUAUUAAUUUUUUGUAUGGUUUGUUGAUUAUAAUGUAGAGGUGGGAUAUAGGAAGGAAUGGGGUAGGAUUUGAAUUAUUGCAUUAGUGAGAUUGAAUUGGGUUGGUUGGUUUAACUGCUAGAAGAUUUAAACCUAGAGUGGUGUAUAGAUUAAUUAUACAAAAAACUUGUGUUUUUUUUUCUUUAGUUAGAACUUAGAAACCACCCUCUAGGAUGAUGAUUUGGUGAUUAUUGAUUUCUGGUGUUAUUGUGAUUUGACAAAGCAGCAACUAUACAUAUACAUGUACCAGUUUUUAUAGAUUAUGAUUUUAUUUAUAUAUAUACA